AUGGGAGCGUCGAGGGAUGCGAUGGCGGCUGGGUGGGUGGUGUUGGAGGUGGAUGAGCAGACUGGCAAUUGGGUUAAAAGGAUGGAAGUCGCAAGAGUGAGUGAUAUCGGUCGUGCCUGUAAGACGCUGCUGGCUGCGUUCCACGACAGUCGUGCCAAUGAUUUCAUAAAUUGUAAAUUCCAGGACGUUCCGCUGCAGAAGCCAUUGGAAUCCCAGUCAGUUGCAGACAAAUUGACUGAAAAUACAGUUAUGUUCUACCAUGAACGCAAUGCGGAACUCGUUUACACGGGAGAUUAUUCUACUGUAGCGAUAUGGACCGUGCCGGGCCAUCAUGUCGAUGUGGGUCGUACGAAAGACGAAACAUUCAAUUCGAUCUUCCUAGAUGAAUCUCAGAAAAUUAAGGAAACGGUCAUUCCAAAGGGAAUGGAUUACUACUACCUGUUUAUGAUUGGAAGGGACCCCGAAUCGCACGAGAAGGGGACAGUGAGAGCAAUGUUUGAUCACUAUAUUAAUAGAGCAAACGUUGAAAAGUGUGCUUUGGUCCUGGAGGCAAUUAGUGAACACGCAAGGGAAGUCUAUGAACAUUUUGGUUUUGUUAACUACAAUACUUUCCAUUACGGUGUCGGAGAAGUUAACUCGUUGGGUCAAUUGGACCCACACGGUGAAGGCCACACAGGUUAUCUAAUGAUUUAUUUACCAAAGGAUUAA